AUGCUGUUCACGUACGAAAAUUUAUUAUGGUCGAACAACUUCUAGUUCCGUUAGCAGAUUAUUCGUGGAUUUGGACGUUGGAGGUUUUGUUUGAGCAGUUACUUUACGCAGCAGUUGGCACGAUCUACUCUCUGUUUUUCUUCUACUUUGCUUGCUUGACUCUUCUCGACGUUGCCGACUGGGUGAAGAAGACGGACAUAUAUCGUGAACGUAUUGUAGGUUGUCUCCUUAUCCUAGGGAGUGUGACCGUAUUAGGUUACUUUACUUACUCGGCAUUGUACUAUUUUGCUGUUGGCGGAUAUUUUGGGAUUUACGCUGUUCUAACGUCAAAUCAAGACUGGCUUGUAUGGAUUCCAUCAUAUCAUUUACCAUAAACGUGAAAUUUCAUAAUUUACUAGUCACUAUUAACUAGAGUCUAGCAUAUAAAUUCAUAUGAUAUCAAGUGAUUAUUAGUUGUUUAUCCGGGAUGUUCGCGAUCAAAGAUGGCUGAAGCCGCGUUUAUGCCUUUUUUAGGUCCUCCGAUGCCUAAGCUACCAAAACUCGAUCGCACUACUUUAUCAUGUCUGGAUUUUGCCAUUAACGAGUCGCUUCUUGAUAACCAUUUAGCGGAAUGGAAGAGUGAUGGUGUUGACCCUAGCCCUGCUGAACUCAUAAAUGGCUUCUUAGAAAUGUCUUGGAGAGUAUACACAGAGUCUCCAAAGUUGACUAUAAGGAAUGAAGAACGUGAAAUCAAGCGUCCUCCACCAUUGUUUUGGAUAAAGUUAGCACUAAGGGUAGCAUCAAGUUGUGAAUGGGAUCUUCAAAUGAUUGAGAAGAAGCUUCCCUUUCAAGCUCAGAGGUCAUUGUUUAUUGGACUUCUCACUGAUGGCGUGCAGGCUUUAGAGAUUCCAGUGGCUGAUUUGAAAUUGGAGAAGAUCGACAGCGUUGUGGCUAUGGCAUACAUCUUAUACUAUAGCUGGGUUAUGCAUGUCUCACUGCACUGUUCACUGUGCCAGUCAAUACAGAAAAAGGAAGCACCGAUGUCUUCUCCAUCCAAAGAAGAAGUGUUGGAACAACUUACACCACACGCUUUAAGAAUUUUAUCUCAAGCAACUGAAAUACAGAAAUCUCUUCCUUUACCAACAUUUACUGCAUCUGGUCUUGUGGAGUCAUCUUGUGUAGUGCCUUGUGAUGCAAUACAUUGUCAGGUGGCAUUUGAUUUGGGUCAGUUUCACUUUUUGCAUCAAGAAGUUGACAAAGCAAGGUCUCUCUUCACAGCAUGUCAGAAACUAUUGCCGAGUGUUGCAACUCAUUCAUUUGUUGAAGUUGACCACAGUAAAUUGGCUGGUUAUCUAUGUGCAUGUGGAUUGAGUUCUGAUGUGAAGUCACCUUUACAGUCUGAUUUGAUGUUUAGAGCUGAACAAAGUAGACACCAGAGUUACAAGGGUAUUGUAGAUGUUUUGAUGGACGACAUUGUGAAACGUCAAUUGUCUGUAGAUUACAGACAGUUUGUAGAGGAGGAGUUGGCUAAGGUAGCAGACCUGCAAAGUGUGUAUCGACUAGUGUGCUUGUGCAAUGCUGUUCGAGCUGUGAUUGACUGUCAGCUAAUUCCAUCGACAUUCUGGUCACUGUUUGAGGACUCAAUAUCAAUGCAGAUUACGAAAGAUUUGAGCUUUGUCUGCCAGGCAUGUUCAUUGUUGGUCAGAGAAAUGGAGACAAAUGUAACUAUCAAAAAAUCAGUGGGUUUACUGUUGAGGGAACUGUGUUUGAGACUUCGGAAACACGAUGUUUUAUCUGUAGUACAGCAAAGUAAUGUCAGCAAGUGUUUCAGUGAAGAGGACUGGAAGAUCAUAGAGGGAGUGUGCAGAGAAAAAAGUCCAAGUACUGACAUCACAAUUUGUCCACUUCCUAGAGUAGAAAUUAAGCACUUUGAUUCUGGAGCUCAAAUUUGGUUUCUUCUUGAUCAACUCAGUCAAACUCUUCAGCCAUCUCAUAUUCAUAAUUUGAUUAGUGACCUUACACAUGUUGUAAAUAAUUCCGAGGAGGCAGACAUACUUCUAUACAAGCAUUAUGGCAACCAUCCUUACAUUAAUGUUUCAAAACAAAUUCCUGAUAGCUAUGUCAGGCAGUUAUGUUGUGUAUUUCAAUCAAAAGCUCAGCACUGUUUUAAGUUGGAAAUAUAUGAUUCUGCUGUUUCUUUACUCCAAGCAGCAAUAGAGACCAUCAACAAAUGUAAAUCAAAGCAGAGUGAAGUGAUCAAUGUCUUAGAGCAACAAUUUCUGGUUGCUCAAUUGCUUCACACACAAGCAUCAGACUAUCGUCAAGUGAAUCCUCAGUUGUUGAAGAGAGCACGAUGUUUUGUUCAAGUUGCCCAUUCAGCUGAGAGUGGGGCCAAACAAGAUUUAGUGGAGAUGGUUGUAGUGUGUCUUCUGAACAGUCGAGAUUGGGACUUUUUAAUUGAUCAGCACCAAUACAAUGGAGAACUAUGGUACCAGUUAGCUUGUUGCUGUAAAUUUGUUUUUGCUUCACAAGACUUGACUUUACGGGGAUUUUCAUCUCAUUUGUGGAAAUUAGUUUUGGCGAUCUUGAGCAGAGACUUGGGAAAGACUGAACAGCUAGAGGAAGAACGAAGGAAGCCAACUUCCUGCCAUUCAUUAUUGAAAUUCUCUAAUCAAAUUAAGGAUAGUACUGCUCUUUCAUUGCUUAUUUCAUGUCUAGUGAAGCUGAGCAAUUUGAUCAGGCUAAGCAAGACCAUGUCUGGUAAUAUUCCCCUUGUUGUAGCACUUCACACAGAUAUGUGGUCAAAUGAAGUAUCUUGUGAGUUGCCACUGGACUAUGUCAAUGGAACUGUGAUGAGCAUGUUGAAUAGGGCAAUCCAAGUUGGAGGACCAAAUCCUUUCUGGCUUCGAAGUAGAGCAGAUCUUCUAUUCGUGGAACGAGAUUAUCGACCUUCAUUGAAAAAUUAUUUGGAGGCAGGAGCUGCAGCUUCAAAUUUCUUUGCAAAAGAAGUUCCACCUGAUAUCUGGAGUAACGAUAUAUACUUUCGACUAGUUGAAAUUUGCAAUGUACUUGGAAUGCACAUGCAGGCUGCUGUCAUUUGUCAAUGCACAGAGCCUGUUGAUCAUGAUACUGCAUUCAAGUCUUUGCAACAAGCAUUUAGUCAAGGAUCUCUGGAAGACUAUCAUGACUGUGUUUGGGAUGUCUCCAUACUAGAGUUUAUGAUCAAAAUGCAUACAAAACAUGGACAACAAGAAAAAAGAGCUCUUGCAGUACAGGCGCUAAGUCAAGCACAGCUGAACAGUUGCAAUCUACCCGAGGUUUUGUGUCAAGCAGCAAACAUUAGAAAAGGAAAGUUUUUUAGAAUGUUAGCAGAUCGAUUGUUGUCAGGUUGCUGACAUUAUCGUGUGCUGUUAGUGGAACAACAUCCGUAAUAUAAGAAGUUUCUAUUCAGUUAACAAUUAGGUCUGAUGUUGCGAUAUAUCUAUAUCAUGUGUUGCAUAA